AUGACUGGUGCCGUUCAACAGUUUGUCUCCUCUGAGUUUCUAGCAAAAAAAAAAUACAUUUUUCUGAUUUUUGUUUCACUCAAUGAAAUGAAAGAUCUUGGUGCAGUUAAUGUUGAAGGAUCCGAUGGAUCAGCAAAGAACUGCUUAUUAUGCAAACUGAAAUUCUUUGAGAAUUUGAGAUCACUCAAUAAGGAAGCCUCGAAUAAUAACAAUCUACCAACAAUAGAUAUGUCAACUGCAGCGAGCAAUAGCUACAAUAACAAAAUAACUGGCCAAGAUUGCACGCCGUGCAAAAUGACUGGAGGUAUUAUAGCUUUGAGUGCGGGCUACUUUUCAAUAAGCAAAGCUGUACAACUACAAAAAGCGGUAACAAGUGGUCCACCAAGGAAGAAAGCAGUAGCAUUAGGCGUAACAGGCAUAGGUAAAAGGGAUCAGGGAGCUUGUGCUUUGCAAAAGCCGGAUGUAAUCUUGACUUCUCACAAACUAUAUGUCUUCAACUCAAUAUACUACAGUUUGUGUUUCUGCUGGUUUAUAUCGUCUGCUUGUAUAAUACAGACAAAUCGGUUAGGUAUGGACAAAGUGACAGCUUUGUUGAGCAGCUUUGAAAAGAACCUUCCUUAG